AUGGACUACAGCAAGCGUGUAGAUAUGAUAGCAACCUAUAGUGUGCCACCCACUUAUCAUCCCCCGGUAACUUUAAGCGAGCUGGCCAAAAGCACAGACUAUCCGAACAUGAACUCGGUGCAAUAUCGCCUAACGGAAGCGGUUCCAUUGCCGGAUAAGAAGCUUCCCCCGUUUCUCGAUCUGGCGACCGUCAACGAGGCGGGAAACGUUAUCGUAGCUGGCAAUAAUUACACCGGUCGGCUGUGGGACGGUGCCUUCUGUGGAUGGCAAAAGGUGGAGGAUCUUUUCCAGGAGGAGAAAGUAACCUUCAGCAAGCAAUGUGAUGCGAUCAUAACGGCGCUAGCCUACACAAUGGACGACGCUUUGUUUCUUCUGGGCAAUGAUAAAGGGUCGAUCGAACUGUGGUCCACGGGGAACGCCGUUCGCGGGCCGGGUCUUUACCUGGUAGACAAACAGAACCAGCAUAUUGGAGUGAUCACGGCGCUGGACAAGUUCCAAAGCACCGAGCGUACCGUAAUUUCCGGCUCGAUGGACGGAUGCAUCAUACUGUGGGAUUCCAGUCAGGGCGAUUUGCAAUCGACCACCAGGUUGCAGCAUGCUCAUCUCGGUGCAAUCACCUCUAUUGCCACCGAUUCCAGCCAGGAUUCGUUAGCCGUCAGCUGUUCGAACGAUCGGUCCGCAUUGAUGUGGGACUUCCGGGAGCUAAAACCGGGUGUGGCGCUGUACGAAAAGCAUGAUGUCCCGUUCACCACCAUCCGGUGGUGUAGUGACAGUGACUGGAACCGGUUGGUGGCUAUUGGGGAUGAAGCGGGACGCGUGUACUUUAUCGAUACACGGCAACCGAACGUUUUCCUCGAGACGUUGGAGUGUUUCGACAGGAAGGUUCACAAAAUAUCAUUCCACAGGAAACACUUUGCCGUGCUGGGGAAUACACCCGAGGUUAAAUUCUAUAACAACAAAUCGAAAGAGAUUCGCAUGGAGAACAGUGCCUCCAACUAUGUGCGUGAUAUUAUUUGGGGUGAAACGAACGGCGACGGCAUUUCCUGCACAUUGAUCGGAUGGGACAGUUAUACUAAACAGCUAUCACUUAAUGAAUGA